AUGACGCUGUAUAAAAUCCAACAAAAACAACAAACUGAAGAUGCCGGAGAGAGAGAAAGAAAGGACCGGGAGGGAGAGGAGGAGGAGGAGGAAAGGAAAGAAAGGAGAACAGAAAGAGGCCUUGGCCAAACAUCUCAGAGACUCUACCUAUACACGCCCUCCAACCUCUCCUCCAAAGAAAAUCGACAGAGAAUUCUUCAAGAACCCAGAAGCACCGUUGAAAUCCCUUCAUCCUUCUCCCGGUUUCACAAGUUCGUCGCCAGAGGGCCGACACGACGACUCUCAUCUCGGAGGGAGGAGAGAAGAAGGGAGAUGAGGGGAGGAGUGAGAGGAGAGGAGGAGAGGAGGAGGAGGCGACAUCAACGCGUCACUCCGACAGAGGGACUUGGAGGUCACAGUGACAGAAUACAGAAUAACUAUAUGAUGAAUGACGGAGGCAACAAAAUCCGGCGUCCAUUGUGCCAAAACGCCAUGGACUCCGGAGGGAAACUAGCCCGUACGCCCUCGCCAUCUCUGCCAGGGGCGAGCGCUGAAAAGGGUUACAAGGGAGCGAUCGCGGCCGCCCAGGUAGCCAAUGAGGCGUGCCCAAAGCCGCCUCCUCCUCCUCCUCCUCCCCCUCCCAUCACAACUUCGAUCAUCUCUGCCCCCUUCCCCCUCCUCCUCCUCCCCCACUCUUCCUCCUCUUUCCUCUGA